AUGUGCUCUCCAGCCAGCUCCAAGAUCCUAUACAGGAACCCUCAGUUCCUCCGCUUCGCUUUUUUGCAGCUUCAUCACCAGCAGCAGAGUGGUGUGUUCUGUGAUGUCCUUCUGCAGGCAGAAGGUGAGGCAGUCCCAGCUCACUGUUGCAUCCUGUCAGCCUGCAGCCCCUUCUUCACAGAGCGCCUAGAGCGGGAGAGGCCAGCACAGGGUCGGAAGGUGGUGCUAGAGCUGGGAGGGCUGAAGAUCAGGACACUUAGGAAACUGGUGGACUUCCUCUACACCUCUGAGAUGGAAGUCUCUCAAGAAGAAGUUCAGGAUGUGCUCUCUGCUGCCCGUCAGCUCCGAGUUUCUGAGCUAGAAUGCCUUCAGCUAGAGGGUGGAAAGCUGGUGAAGGCCCCUCAGGGCCGAAGACUUAACCGGGAGUGCUUACAACCUCCCAUCUCAGCCAGGGUGGUGGCACCUAGCCACCGUCCUCGAACCCCAUUGCCUGUUAACCAGACCCCUUGUCCUCCUGGAGCUGUGAGAUUAAAGUCCUCAGGGAAGGAGGAGGGCCCCCAGAAGAGCAGUCGACAGAAUACCGAGAACUCAGCUGGUACUCUUCUGCUCAAAAGGAAGGCCAGAGCCUGUCCAACUCAAGAAAAAAGCUCUUCACCAUUAAGCCUCAGUCAAGGGCCUAAGGAGAACAAGAGUAAUCCUGACUUUGGUUCUUCAGCUCGUUCCCCACCCAGCUUGUACCCCUCUGUGAACGAAAGACUGCUGCCAAGAAAGAUCAGGCUAAGCCGCUCAAAGCCAUCUCCUGAUGUGUGCAAAUCCAAGCCUCCCAGUGUUCUAAGUGGACCCAGCUCAGUGCCCAUAGCCCCUGGCCGGCGUCUUUGGAGGCAGAGGAAUAUAAAGAAGGAAGUGUCAGAGGACAAGCAGAAACCAGGGAGAGCUAGUCCUCUGCAGAGCACCCCAAGCCCCUCUGGUCUUGGAAAGACAGCUGGGAGCAAGAAGCAGAGUCCAGAAGGCAGGGCCCCUAACUCUGACUCUGCGGAAGAGGGGCAGGUUGGGAGAGUGAAACUUCGCAAGAUUGUCAAUGGAACCUGCUGGGAGGUGGUGCAGGAUCCUCCCCUUAUAAACUCUCAAAAUAGCCCCCAGAUCCCAGAACCUGGGGGAGCCUUAGAUGAGCCUCCAGGGAUUCAGCCACUCUCUGCUAAGGAGCAGAUGUCACUGGCUCAAAUAGACCUGUGUCAGGACUCCCCUGUGUGCUCCAGGCUACAAGACAUUCUGCUCUCUACCAGCCACCUUGCAGACCACCCAGUGGUGAAGUUGGAGAGCGAGUCCAGUCCAGAGCUGGUUGGGAAAGAGCCUGUGCUUGAUGCUGACUGCCAAGAAUCCUAUGUGUUUGACACAGCCCUGCUUGGGCAGCCCUGUGAAGCUGAGGAAUACCGUAUCACAAGUGCGGCUGCUACCAGCGAACUAGAGGAGAUCCUGGAUUUCAUGCUUUGUGGCUCCAACAUUGAGCCACCUAUCAGCUCUCUGGACAGUCCCAGGACUGAAAGCUGUAGGACCCCUAGUUACGACCUGACAGAAACUGGGAAGAACUGGAUUGAAGAAGAAUGGUGUUUACCAGACAUGGAACUCUGGCCCCGAGAGCUCACGGGAUUGGAUAAGGAAGCUGUCCCUGAGAACAAAGAGCCAAUGGAGCCCCUGAGCCCCCUUGUUAUAACCUCAGAGAUGAGCCCAGGGGAGGUACUUUCAGUGGGAGGCUCUUGGACUUCAGACCUUGAAAUUACCAGCUCCCAGCCACUGGAUGGUCAGAAAGACAAACUUCUCCACGUUGACUCCUUUGAUCCUCCCCCAGAGUCCUGUGACGAUUUCUCACCUUCCUGUUCAAACUGGGUGGAAACAGGGCUGGAAGUGCCCCUAACUAUGAAUGAGGCAUUGUACCCUGCUCCAGAGGCAGACAAGGAGGUGACUAGUAAUUCUGAGCUGCUGGAGCCACUUCCUGCCAGCCCUGAAGAGGAAGAGAUUGAUGUGGUGCACUGGACAGCAGAGGGGAUGCUGGUGCCCACCAGUGUUCCCUCUGUGUGGCCUGACCCGUCCUCAGAGUCAGAGACAGAAGUGGAUAUACUAACAUAG